UAUAUGAAGAAAGAUUGUAGCAUCACUACGAAAUGGAUUUCGGCCCAAGCGCUUUGCCGUUCCGAAUAGGAAGUUGGAGCGGCUUCUGGACUUCCGAAUACCCGGAAAGAUGUAUCAAUCUAUAAAGCAUUUCAAGAUCAUCAAAGGUCACAAUUCUUCUGGGAAAGAAAGAAGUGGAUCCGAGGAGACGUAUUGACCACCUCAAAGCUACACGACGACAUCUACGUAACGUUUACGCGAGUUCCUAUCUUCAUAACCCAAUACCUCAUCACUAUCAACAUAUCAGCAUGGCCUCGCCCAACGAAUUCGCACCUGCGGACUCUUUCAAAAACAGAACCGUCAUCGUCACCGGCGGCGCAGGCAGCAUAGGCAGACCCCUAUGCCUCGCCUUCGCCAGCGCGGGCGCCAACGUCGUCGUAAACGACCUAGGGGGUGACAUCUCGGGCUCCGGCAGCUCCCCCAGCCCAGCAUCCGAUGUUGUAGCAGAGAUCAAACUCGCGGGAGGCUCCGCAGUCGCAGAUACCCACAGCGUGGCCGACGCAGCCGCCAUCCUCUCCACCGCCCUAGAAACCUUCGGCCGCAUCGACAUCAUCGUCAACAACGCCGGCAUCACGCGCUUCGGCCCACUAGAAGCGCAGCCGCCCGAGAACUUCACCGACGUCUUCGCCGUCAACGCCGCCGCCCCGCUCGCGCUGCUGCACCACGCCUGGCCGCACUUCCAGGCGCAGUCGUACGGCCGCGUCAUCAACUUCGCGUCGGAUUCGAUCUUCGGCAUGGCGAACUCGCUGCCGUACGUCCUGGCGCGCGGGGCCACGUUUGGCGCAACGCGCACGCUGGCGCUGGAGGGCGCGCCGCACGGCAUCCUCGUCAACGCCGUGUGUCCGACGUCGUACAGUCGCAUGAUGGCGCCCAUGUUCAAGGACCUGCCGCCCGAGCACCAGGCCGCGACGGAGAAGAACUAUCGCGGCGAGGCGAACGUGCCGAUGAUACUGGCGCUUGCGCACGAGGCGUGUGCGGUGAGUGGGCAGGUGUUUAGUACGGGGGGGUACGGGAUGUCGCGCGUGAUGCUGGGGGCGACGAGUGCGGUGGGGAAUUGUAGGACGAUGGGCGAGGUGCAGCGGCGGCUGCCGGAGUUGUUGGAGAAGGAGAGGGAGUUUGUGGAGCCGAUGAAUGUUUAUGAGUUUGCGAGUUUUAGGACGAGGACGCUGCAGUCGUAGGGGAGGGAAAGGAGAAAUAUUUGAAAACUACCACCGUGCUUGUUCUAGAGCUACCAUGAAAUGCACUAGCGUUUUCGUCCUAGGGUUGUAUAGGCUCGUCUGCACUUGUUUGUCGUGCUUCAAUGGGCCUUAGGUUUUUGGGGGGCUUCAGAUGCCAUUCAAUCUAUGCUCUAGCCCUCACCAACGAAUCUGCGACCACGCCCGUUUGGGGUAACCCAGCGAGGCUGCACAUUAGGGAAAGUAACGUUCUUCUUCUUUUCCACAUGCCUGGAAUCAUAUCGAGGCACUUCAAAUAGUCAUAAACAAGCUUACA